AUGUUCUCGUUCUAUCCGACUCUACCUCCACCGCGCCAUCUUACCACCUACGCCCCCUUCGACGCCGCCAAACGACACAGACUAGCCCAAGCAGCACCGAAAGCACCCGGCAAACUAACCAAACGCAAGCCCAACCCCGCGUACGAGCACAACUGCCAAAUGGUGCUCACAGACCUCCAAAAGACGUUGGGAUUGUACGUCCCGGGUGUAGCACCCACACCCCUCCCCGCGCCCUCCCUCCUCCCCGACUCGUCCUACCCCCCGCCUCAAGCUUUGUCGCAAUCUGGUUUUACACCGCCUGCUUCGUUUUCGAAGAGGGGUUUGGAGGAGGAGAAGGAGAAAGGGAAGGAGAAAGGGAAGGAGAAGGAGAAAGGAAAAGGAAAAGAGGAGAAGAAGAAGAACCCAUUUGGAUCCCUCUCGAGGCGUAAAUCGACGAAAGCGAGGUCGAAAUCGCAGUCUCCGCCUCCACUCCCCGUUCUAAUGCGUGGACCGCUGAAUGGGGGGUCGCCCAGUGUUUCUUUUGGGCAGGACGCGCACCAGCAUCCGCAUUCGCAGCAUGCAUCGGGCUCGGGCUCGGGAUCUAGACAAGCGAUGCAUCAGAGGUCGCAGUCGUAUGGCGGGCACCAGGUGAACGGUGCUGCUGCUGCAGAGCCGGGGUUGAAGAGGUCGAAUACGGGGGUUAGUGCUGGUGGUGGUGGGGGUGGACGACGUGGAUCGUCAGGGAGGGGGGUGGAUGGGGAGCCUGAGGUUAUUAGGGUAUGUGGUUUCGUUUGGCUUUGGAUUUGGUCUGGGGAGGGAAGCUAA